GUCGUUUUUUUUCCACGUCUACAUGAGGGUGGCGGUGUAGGUGUGCGCGUGAAAGACGAGGACGGACUUUCGUUUUUCGAGAUUUGUUUUUGUAUAUAUAAUUCUGAAACCAAAAAAUACGUGUAUAACUGUGUACAUAGUGUAGCUAAUAAACAAUAUUUAGUAAUUUUAUAAUUAUCGCAAUCAAACUGACCAGAUGUCAUGUAACAAACGCAACGCGAUAAAAACACAACAACAAAAUCCAUUAUUAUAAAACGUGCAAAAAACGUGCGUCAGUAUAUUAUCUGUGUUUGUGUAUGCUAGUGUGCAUGUGCAUCAUCGGUGUGAGUGUGUGUGUGUGCUGCAAGCUUGUGUGUGUUAAACCCGCCUUGCUCAGGACGAAUUUACAUAGCUAAACAAAUAAAUUUAAGACAAUGCAUAAGGAAAAAGUUAAAAACACACAAAAUGCAAACAAAUCAAACAACAAAGAACUCAAAUUAAAUGGAACUACGAAAGAAACUAGUGAUAAAACAGUAAACCUGUUAAAUAAAAAGGAUGACGAUGAUGACUACGAUUUGGUGCCGCCAGACGGCGGCUGGGGUUGGCUGGUGCUGUUUGGCGCCUGCCUGACCAACAUACUUAUCCCGGGCACAAUCAAAAGCUUUGGUGUGCUCUUCAUAGAAUUCACGCAGGCAUUCGACACAACAUCAACAAAGGCCUCCUGGAUACCGGCGUUGUGUUACUUUCUGUACAGCUCACUGGGACCCGUUUCAAGUAUUCUUUCAGUAAAGUAUUCCUAUCGCACGGUGACGUUGAUUGGCGCCGUCUCCGCCUCGCUGGGCAUGAUACUCUCCUUUUGGGCCUCAUCCUUGGGCUAUUUGUACAUAAGCUAUGGCGUGCUGGUGGGCAUUGGCGCUGGUUUAUCCUUUCCGCCCACCGUCUACAUAGUGACGUCAUACUUUGUCAAGUGGCGCGGCUUGGCCAAUGGACUAUGCAUAUCAGGCAGCGCCCUGGGCAGCAUCAUACUGCCGCCUGUGCUGCGCUGGCUGCUGGAGACCUAUGGCUAUCGUGGCUCUUGCUUAAUAAUGGGCGGCAUUACUCUUAAUGUGCUGGUGGGCGCACUUUUCUACGAGCCUGUGGAGCAGCAUAUGGUGCGCGUGCCACGUGCACGCCAAGCGCUGGACGAUAUACCCGAGGAGGAGGAUGUGGGCAUAGUGAUGAAGUUUGAAAAUGUGGACGAGACAACGCCGAGUGCAGAUCACAAUGCGGAGAAGCAGCUGCUUUCGUAUAAUUCACCACCAUCGCCGCUCUAUCUGCCCGACGAUGACGACAAGCAGCAGUUUGUGCGCAGCGCCUCGGCAGCGGUGGUGCAGAGCUAUGCCAAGCCAGGCGAUGAGUUCCAGCCACGCACACGCAAGAUUAGCACGCCCGUCCGCUUGCCACAACGCAAUCAAACAUUUACGCCGGGCCAACUCAACUCGCAGUCAUCGCUCUAUGCUGUGCCCGAAGGACGCUCCAGCUCCAAUAAGUUAACCCAACGCAAUGCCUCGCGCAAUCGUCUGUCCAAGCGUUCACCUUCCACGAGCAGCUUUUUGUAUAUAAGCACGCCAUAUCAUGGCAGCACACUGAGCUUUCAGCCCAAGGAGUUUUCAUCGCAUUUGUCGCUGCGUUCAGCGGGCAGCAGCGCUGCAGGCGCAGCGGAAACUACAGCACAGCAAAGCAUCACUGGAGCAGCUGGAGAUGCGCCAGCGGAUGGCAAGCCAGCCGAACCACCACGCACCAAAUUCUUCGAUUUGAGCUUGCUUAAGGAUCCCAUGUACCUCGUCAUACUCAUCUCCAAUUCCACAAAUGCCAUCAGCUAUACCAACUUUAUCAUACUGCUGCCCAGCUUCGGUCUGGCGCGCGGCUUUGACAAGUCUUUAUCCGCCUACUUGCUGUCCGUAGUCUCGGCAACGGAUCUGAUAGGACGCAUUGGCGGCUCGGCGUUGUCGGACAUGGGUUUCAUACCCAAGACCUGGUACUUUGUGGGCGGACUAACUAUAUCUGGGCUGUCGCUGGCGCUGCUGCCGUUUGCCUAUAGUUAUGGCAGCGUUUGCUUCUGGUGCGCACUCUUCGGUCUCGCCUCGGGCAUUUAUGUGGGCAUCACAGCGGUUAUCAUGGCGGAUAUGCUGGGCACGGAGCGUCUGACUUCGUCUUAUGGCAUUAGCUUAUUCGUCAAUGGCAUAUUGCAGCUGGUUGGUCCGCCGUUGUGCAACUUCUGGAUCGAAGUUGUCAACGAUUACAAUCCGCUCUUCCAUGCCUUGGGGCUGACGCUGCUUGCGGGUGCCAGCCUUUGGGCAUUCAUGCCCUGCAUACAACGACGCAAAGCCAAAGAGGAGGAGCGGCUGGAGGCGCAACUCGACGAGGAGGCCAUUGAUGGCUACUAAACGGUGUUAACUGCUUCACUUAAACACACACACACACACACACGACGUACAAUUAUAAUUAGUAUUUAGGCUUGAAAAACUAGCGUACAAAGAAAUGAAGAAGAAACGUUGGCAGAGCGUGAAGAGCACGCGAAAAAUCAAAAUGAGAAGCAGCCAGCGCAUAUUAAUUUUUUGUGGAAAAUUUGUUAAUUUGUUUCUUCCAAACAGCUUUUUUGUCUAACACUUAAGUCUUAAUUAUUAUUACAUAAAUACUUAAUACAAUUUAUUAUUUACCUAAUAUCAAUUUAUUUAUCUCUUAAGCCCAAUAGCAAGAGUAAUACUUUGUAAUAGUGCAAAAGCUUAAGCAUUGAAAACAACUACAAAAAUAUUUUUCUAUUAUAACGCAAUUGAAAAGAAAAAAAAAACAAAAUCUCAAAAAACGUAUACUGUAAAUUGUAGCUAAAUGUUUUUAAUCGUAUCUUUUUUACAGUGGGGUGGUGCUUCCAACAACUAUAGUGAAUAAUAUUAAAUAUGCUAAUUUUAAAAUAAACUCAACAGGAAACGUAAACUUAAAGCAUGAAACUAAAUCACUUAGGCAGAAGAAUUCAAAAUUAAAGGAAAAGUUGAAAGUAUUUUUGCUUCAAUAUUUUCAUUAGAUAAAAGGUAGUAUUUUAGAAAUUGGAUAGGUCCUCUCUGAACAUUUUAUA